GAAGCACUCGGCGCCGCCCGGGAGGUGUUUCCUAUGCUCGUUGGCGCCACUUUCUACGCUCCCGGGCCGCUGCCUAUUAUGCAUCCAGGAAUCUGACUUCCUCUCCAGGGCCGCAGACCCUCCGUCUCCAGUACCCAAGUGUCCGAGAGCGGGUGCCCCAGCUUUGGGAUCCAGGUCUCCCGGAGCCAGGCAUCCUGGAUCUACGCCACCUAGGUUGAACUUCUUGAUGAUCUCGGCCACCUGAGCGUCCUCAAUCCUCGGAAUCAAAGACACCCCUCAUCUCACGCCCUGGCCUGAAGAACUGUCCUUCCCGCCCCCCAACAAAAAAGAAAAGCAGCCCAGGUGCUCUCAGCUCCCAGUUUUCGGAGAUUCGACCCCGCCUGGAAAAGUAAAGGGUUCUUGGCACACAGCCUCCCGAGGAUCUUAGGACCCUCCAGCCUCCGAGAGCGGGUGGGACGCACAACUUCUAGGACCGCUGCAAAGUUCUAGCUUCCGCUCUCCGUCCUAAGGACGUUGCCCAGGCUCUAGGCGCGCAAGGAACCCGCAAUUGCGGCUCAGCAUGGUCGUGGAUCCCCCUAAGGCCGACCCCAAAGUGGUGGCGGUGGAUCCCACCGCGAACGUUGGCCCCGCUCUGGGCUCCAGAGAGGACAAGGGUUCGACAGCAGGUGGCUGCUGCAGUUCCUGGCACCAGGUGCGCCGCUGCCUUCGCGCCAACCUGCUGGUGCUGCUCACGGUGGUGGCGGUGGUGGCCGGAGUGGUGCUAGGGCUGGGGGUUUUGGCGGCAGGCGGAGCUGAAGCGCUGGGCCCCGCGCGCUUGGCUGCUUUCUGCUUCCCGGGAGAGCUGCUGCUGCGGCUGCUGAAGAUGAUUAUCCUGCCGCUCGUGGUGUGCAGCCUGAUCGGAGGUGCGGCCAGCCUGGACCCUAGCGCGCUCGGCCGCGUGGGCGCCUGGGCGCUGCUCUUUUUCCUGGUCACCACACUGCUCGCGUCCGCGCUUGGCGUAGGCUUGGCCUUGGUGCUGAAGCCGGGCGCCGCCUUUACCCCCGUCAACGACUCGGUCGGAAACCCUAGUGUCCACAAUACACCCACCAAGGAGGUGCUGGAUUCCUUCCUGGACCUUGUAAGGGAUGUUUUCCCCUCCAAUCUGGUGUCUGCUGCAUUUCGAUCUCGAGCCAACCACUGUCCACAAAGAGAGAUCAACGCAACCGCGGUCCAGGUGGGGUGUGAGGAGGAUGGCAUGAACAUCCUGGGCCUGGUGAUGUUCGCUAUCGUCUUUGGUGUGGCUCUGAGGAAGCUGGGGCCUGACGGUGAACUGCUCAUUCGUUUCUUCAACUCCUUCAACGAUGCCACUAUGGUCCUGGUCUCCUGGAUUAUGUGGUACGCGCCUGUGGGCAUCUUGUUCCUGGUGGCCAGCAAGAUUGUGGAGGUGAAAGACAUCAGCCAGCUCUUCAUCCGCCUCGGCAAAUACAUCCUCUGCUGCCUGCUGGGCCAUGCCAUCCAUGGGCUCCUGGUUCUGCCUCUCAUCUACUUCAUCUUCACCCGAAAAAACCCCUAUAGGUUCCUGUGGGGCAUCUCGACGCCACUGGCCACAGCUUUUGGGACCUCUUCUAGCUCUGCCACCUUGCCCCUGAUGAUGAAGUGUGUAGAGGAGAAGAACGGUGUGUCUAAACAUAUCAGUGGCUUCAUCCUUCCCAUUGGUGCCACGGUAAACAUGGAUGGGGCGGCGCUGUUCCAGUGUGUGGCGGCGGUGUUCAUUGCACAACUAAAUGGGGUGUCCCUGAACUUCGUGAAGAUCAUCGUCAUCCUGGUCACAGCCACUGCGUCCAGCGUCGGAGCAGCAGGCAUCCCUGCAGGGGGCGUCCUCACCCUUGCCACCAUCUUGGAAGCAGUCAACCUCCCUGUCAGUGGCAUCUCCUGGAUCUUGGCCGUGGACUGGCUAGUGGACAGGUCCUGUACCGUCCUCAACGUGGAAGGUGAUGCGUUUGGGGCUGGACUGCUUCAAAGUUAUGUGGAUCGUACCAGGAUCCCAAGCUCAGAGCCUGAAUUGAUCCAGGUGAAGAAUGAAGUGUCUCUGAAUCCACUGCCCCUCACCACAGAAGAAGGGAACCCCCUUCUCAAACAGUACCGAGGACCCGCUGGGGAUACCACUGCCACCUGCAAAAAGGAAUCCGUCAUGUGAUUAUUAGGAGGGACUUCUGUGCCCUGGCAAUACCACAUUGGAAGUGGGGGUCACGAGGGCUGGUUAAAUGGACAGGUAUGGGCUCCACUGCUGUUUACACACUGCAGGAAGCCAGGGCCCUGUCUGCUCCCUGUAAAGGCUCUUAGGAGCCUCAUUGCUGGGGUACAUGUAUUUAUAUAUGAAUGUAUACACAAAUGUCUCCAACCCGUACCCACCCAAGGAGAUGACAUUCUCUGCCACCCGGAGCCAUCCCUCCUAUCUGUCUCAGGCCAUGGGGUGCCCUGUAGAGUUCUCUUACCCUUUGAAGGCAAAACUAUUGUGAUGUGAUAAUGUUAAUGGCCAUAGCUGCUGUGUUGUGUGUGUGUGUGCAUGUGUGUGCGUGCGCGCGCAUGCUGUGACCUUCCCAGUAGUCCCUUUGUGACAACAAACACUCCCAGGGGAAAGCCAAGGAAAAAUAACUGUCAUUACAGGGCACAUUGUUUUUUAGCAAUAAAACAGUGUCAAAUGUAUUAAA